CGCCUAGUAUACCACCGUCAUCGGCAAGAAUAACGGUUAAAGAUGUCUGGUAAAACGGAGCUCCGUAUUGUGACCUACAUGUGCCCUACGCACCCAGUACAGCUGUACGAAUUAAUCAUGGACCUGCUGGAAUCCGCAUUGGACUGCUAUACCACACUUCAAUAUGAGAGCCGCACACCUGGUCCCUUCCCGGACCGCCCAGAUCCGUUCAGUAAUGACAAAGUGGAUUUGGCUUUUAUGACGGCUGCAUCGUAUAUGAUUUUGAGGGAUAGAAAAAAUCCGUCUGUGGAGUUGCUGCCGGUGACGCCAGUGUUCGCGCAUCAGAUGAACGUAGAGAACAAACCGGGUUAUUUCUGUGACAUUAUUAUCCAUAGCGAUAAGAAAGCUCAUAACGUAAAUACUCUUCUGGAUUUACGUGGUUGUACAUUCGCGUACAGCGACGAGGAAUCACUAAGCGGAAGCAAACUGGUACUAAAAACGUUGAAAGAGAAGGGAGAAAAUGCUUCUUUCUUCGGAUCGCUAUUAAAAUCCGGCUCUCAUUGGGCUUCAGCUCAGAUGGUUCUCUCUAAACAAGCUGAAUGGGCGGCUCUCGACUCCACAACUCUACUUUAUUCUAAAAAGUAUAUGCAAGACGGCGGAAAAGAUAUCACGACCUUAGAAACGCUUGGUCGUCUCCCGCCAUACCCAAUAGUAGUCAAUUCAAAAUUACCAGAGAAACUAAAGAAGUCCAUAACAAAUGCUUUACUUACAUUACCACAAGAUGCCGCAUGGAAGAAAAAGUUUGCAAAGUUCGGAAUAAUAAAAUUCGACAAUAACAGCGAUGGCGCUUACAGUGGGCCGGCUGCACAGAUGCGGACCUCGAGUGAGAAACUCAACAUUCGGUAUUAUUAGAGUGCUAUUAGUAAUCUCUCUAAUUUAUGUUAUUUACAUUUUGUAUAUUGAUUACAAACCUAAAUAAUACUAUUUGUUGAAUUACAAAGAAAAAAUGUAUUUAUUGACAAAAACUGUUUAUAAUACGUUAAAAAUACAAUUUUAUAUUAUGUCAACCAAAUAUUUCAGUAA